CGCUGCGCCUCGCCGGGCCCCCGCCACCGCCUCCAGUUCUCACCGCUGCUGCCGGGAGCCAGAGUAAUAUGCUCACUCGAGUGAAAUCUGCCGUGGCCAAUUUCAUGGGCGGCAUCAUGGCUGGCAGCUCAGGCUCCGAGCACAGCGGCGGCGGCUGCGGAGGCUCGGAUCUGCCCCUGCGCUUCCCCUACGGGCGGCCGGAGUUCCUGGGGCUGUCUCAGGACGAGGUGGAGUGCAGCGCCGACCACAUCGCCCGUCCCAUCCUCAUCCUCAAGGAGACGCGGCGGCUCCCCUGGGCUACUGGAUACGCAGAGGUCAUCAAUGCCGGGAAGAGUACACACAACGAAGACCAAGCCAGCUGCGAGGUGCUCACUGUGAAGAAGAAAGCAGGGGCCAUUGCCUCCACCCCCAACAGGAACUCCACCAAGAGACGGUCCUCCCUGCCCAACGGGGAGGGGCUGCAACUGAAGGAGAACGCGGAAUCGGAAGGCGUUUCCUGCCACUACUGGUCGCUGUUCGACGGCCACGCGGGGUCCGGGGCCGCGGUGGUGGCGUCCCGCCUGCUGCAGCAGCACAUCACGGAGCAGCUGCAGGACCUGGUGGAGAUCCUGAAGAACUCGGCCAUCCUGCCGCCCACCUGCCUGGGCGACGAGCCCGAGAGCACGCCCGCCAGCGGCCGCACGCUGACCCGCGCAGCCUCGCUCCGCGGCGGGGUGGGGGCCCCCGGCUCGCCCAGCACCCCGCCCGCGCGCUUCUUCACCGAGAAGAAGAUUCCACACGAGUGUCUGGUCAUCGGGGCUCUUGAGAGCGCGUUCAAGGAGAUGGACCUGCAGAUAGAGCGAGAGAGGAGUUCAUACAGCAUAUCCGGCGGCUGCACAGCCCUCAUUGUGAUCUGCCUCCUGGGGAAGCUGUACGUGGCCAAUGCUGGGGAUAGCAGGGCCAUAAUCAUCAGAAAUGGAGAAAUCAUCCCCAUGUCUUCGGAAUUCACCCCCGAGUCCGAGCGCCAGCGACUGCAGUACCUGGCAUUCAUGCAGCCGCACUUGCUGGGAAAUGAAUUCACACAUCUGGAGUUUCCAAGGAGAGUGCAGAGAAAAGAACUUGGAAAGAAGAUGCUCUACAGGGACUUUAAUAUGACAGGCUGGGCGUACAAAACCAUUGAGGAUGAUGACUUGAAGUUCCCCCUAAUAUACGGAGAAGGCAAGAAGGCCCGAGUGAUGGCAACUAUUGGAGUGACCAGGGGACUGGGGGACCAUGACCUGAAGGUGCAUGACUCCAACAUCUAUAUAAAACCAUUCCUGUCUUCAGCUCCAGAGGUAAGAGUCUAUGAUCUCUCCAGAUAUGAGCAUGGAGCAGAUGAUGUGCUGAUCCUGGCCACUGAUGGACUGUGGGAUGUCUUAUCAAAUGAAGAAGUGGCAGAAGCAAUCACUCAGUUUCUUCCUAACUGUGAUCCAGAUGACCCUCACAGGUAUACACUGGCAGCUCAGGACCUGGUGAUGCGUGCCCGUGGUGUCCUGAAGGACAGAGGAUGGCGGAUAUCUAAUGACCGACUGGGCUCAGGAGACGACAUUUCUGUAUAUGUCAUUCCGUUAAUACAUGGAAACAAACUAUCAUGAAGACGACUCAGGGGACUGGAAAAUCGGAAGAAAGCAAGCUGGGAUGCCUCUUGGCUGGGUGGGCUGGGAAGUGCCCCGGCAGAGUUCCAGGUGAUGCCACCUCUUCUCAGACCAGAUGGGGAACUUGCUGCCGAAGCCUCCAGGUGUACUUCCAGAGGGUCGUUAGGUUCCGGUUUCCUCGUUAGUAGCAGGUCUGGAUCCUCAACAAAAGCAAAACACAAAGGCUGCUAAGUGUUGUUUCUUCUGGUUCCUUUGAUAGACCUCCUAGGUGGCCAUUGCCUAUUUUGGGCACACACAUCAUAUUUAUUUUAUCUGGAGUGCUAGGGCAGCCAUGUUCAGGUGUAACUGGCAGAAGACUCUCUUUGGCCUGUCAAGCUGUCGAUCUCUCUACAGGUUAAAAGUGCUGCAUUGGGGAUCAUGUCUCAGAUAGUGUGGGUGCCCACCUUCUAGUAAGGCUGAGAUAUAUUUCAGGGAAUGCUGUGUGUGUGUGU